CUCCCCCGGGAUGCGCGGGGCUCGCCUCGCCCCGCGGCGCCGUGGCCGCCCCCUUCCCGAUCUCCCUCCCCCGGCCCCUCUCCCUGCCCGCCCCCCGCCUGCGCCGGCCCCGGUCCGGGCAUGCCCCGGUCCGUGCCAGCCCCGGGCGGCCCUGGGGGAAGCCCCCGGUGCCGGAGCGGCGGGGGGCGCCGGCCCCUGCUCUCACCCAGUCCGUGUCCUCUGUUGCAGGCACAACAGCUGGGAGCCUGAGGAGAACAUCCUGGACCCCCGGCUGCUCCUGGCGUUCCAAAAGAAGGAACACGAAAAAGAAGUGCAGAAUCGGAAGAGGGGCAAGCGGCCGCGGGGCAGGCCCAGGAAGAACGUGGAACCAGAGAUGCCUGCAAAAACUAAGUCAAGUAGCUCCUCUUCCUCCACAUCCUCCUCCUCCUCCUCCUCCGAGGAAGAGGAUGAAAGUGAUCUGGAAGCAAAGAGAGGUCCCCGCAGCAGAGAGACGCACCCAGUGCCGCAGAAGAAAGCUCAGAUCCUGGUGGCCAAGCCCGACAUGAAAGACGCUUCCAGGAAGAAGCGUGGGCGGAAACCUCUUCCCCCAGAGCAGAAGGCGGCUCGAAGGACCGUGAACCUGACAAAGGUGCUGAAAACGUCCCGGAAGGAGGUGGCAGGCGGUGCCAAGCUGGUGGGGAAGCUGCAGCCCCAGCAGGGCUCAGGCAUGGCUAUGCUGAAGGACACGCCGGGCACUUUGGCUGGGCUCAGCUCAGGGGGGUCAUCAGUGGAAAACCUGCCCAACAUGAUGAAGAGCGGCGCGGCCAGCCCCAGCCAGGCCAUCAGCUGGCAGAGCUCCAUCGUGCACUACAUGAACAGGAUGUCCCAAAGCCAGACUGCAGCCGAGAGCUCGGCCCUGGGCAGGCUGGCGCUGAAGGCACAGGCAGCCAGUAAGGGCAGCUUAGGGCUGGACUUGAAAAUGAGGAGCCAGAAAGGCUCUGGGGAGCUGGGGCUGAACCUGCAGGGACCCAAAACUGCAAAGGCUUCCAGCAGCAGCGCCGGAGGGGACCAGAAAUCGGGGUUUGCUGCCGGAGGCCAAAUGCUGCCCAAUGGCAGCAAGACACCAUCGAGCUCGUCCGGGGCCAGCUCCCAGCCAGCCUCCAGCCAGGAGCUGAACCUCCAGGCUCUGAACCUGCAGAGUGUCAAAAACGGGCCAAGUGUGGCCAGCGGGAGCAGCCUCCCCCGGCACCUCUGCGGCUCCCUGGCCAAGGGCUCUGCCGGUGGCGCGGCCGGCGUGGGCGCCAAGGGUGGCACGGCAGGGGCCGGGCUGAACUCUGCCGGUGCCCUCCCAGGGGGGGACGGUGGCAAGAGCAAGAAGCCAUCACAGCGGGCAGGUGACAGGGACUCUGCCAAAGGGGGCUCAGCUGGCGCCCAAGAGGGACGUGCGGCCACGGAGAGCCGCAAAACCUCCGCCCUGUCCGAAGUGAGCACAGGCGAGGACACCAGCUCGGAUUCGGACCGAGAUUCCGCUUCCCUCCCAGGUGUGGGUCAGAACAUGUCAGUGUCCAUCCAGACCAACCAGGACUGGAAGCCCACCCGCAGCCUGAUUGAGCAUGUCUUUGUCACCGAUGUCACCGCUAACCUGAUCACAGUGACGGUCAAGGAGUCCCCCACCAGCGUCGGGUUUUUCAACCUGCGGCAAUACUGAGCCCAGGGGCAUAAAAGAAGGGAGAGGGUCCUUCAGCCUCACCCUCACCUUUGCCCAGCUCCUCCAUCAGGUUUUUUUUCUUCAAGCAAAUCCAGAGCCCUCGUGAGACCUGCUGGAACUCGUGCCUGGAAAGGCUGGACAAACAACUCAGUGAAACCUGCUUCAAACUGCCGGCGGGUCCUGGAUUUCCUCCCUGGCUUCUCUCUGUCCUCUUCUGGAGCCCUGUGUGGGGGUGCUCGAUGCCAUUCUCUGGGAGCAGGGACACCGGUGCUGCCAGGGCUGUCAGGCUGGCCAGUUUUGAGCCAGGCUUCACUGCACGCAGGUCUCUCUGCUUUGCAGCAGCAGAUGCCAAGGUCUGCAGCUCAGUGGCCACGGGAGGUGUGGAGCUGCCAUGGGACUGUCUUACCCCUGGGAGAGGACUGGGACAUUCUCCUCUGGGCUUCCUGUGGAUCUGUCUAUGAGCCAUGGGGAACUGCAAGUCAAUCCAAAUGAGGCAGCUGCUGCUCCCAGCCCUCGAGGCUGUGGGGGGCAGCUGCAUUCGGGGGUUUUUCAGGGUAUGCUCAGCCCAGCCACCCCCCUGGGCAAGGUCAUUUCCAAUGAUGGGAAACCCACAACGUUUAUGUUGGGGUUUCCAGCUGAUAGGGAAAUAUUGUUUACAUUUUUUCUUAAGGAUUUUUUUUUUCAUGAGGGAGGGAAAUAAUCCCAGUCUAAGACAGGUUAAGUCCUGGGUGCCACAAACAGAACAGGUGGCAGAGGUGCUGUUUUUUUUGGAGGGUGUCACCUUUCUGCUGGAGGGAAGUCCUGCCUUGAGAGCCAGCAAGAUCCACCAGCUUCUCUGCAGUGACUUGGACAGAAAUUCCACUUCCAGAGGAAUUUCUGGGCUGCCCAGGGAGGCCUCACACCACUCCUCUGCCUCAUCCUGGCAUUGCCAGCAUCUCCACCUCCUGCUCAGCAGCUUCCAGGCACUCCUAGGGACUGAGCUGGGGAAUAUUUUUUAAGCCUUGCAGAACGUGUGAACCCUUCCAGCAGCAGGUAGGUUCAUGCUGGGACUGCCAGGACACCCAGGACUGCUGCUCCCUGGGUGAGACUCGUACUGGUCAUUCAUGGUUUUCUCCAGAAUUCUCAGAAGCUGGUCAAGGCCACCUGCAUAGGUGGUCUGGAGUGGUGGGAAAGGAAGGGACAGGAGAGGGAGAAGGGCUAAGGCCAGUGGGUACCUCAGAGCUGCUGUUCCCUGAGGAAGCAGAGAACCUGAGCAGCCGUUCACCUUCCCCUGGCCGUCCCAGCAGCUGGGGUGCUCCUUUUGGCCUGUAUUUGCACCCAAUAAUGGCUUUUCCACUGCAGUGUUCUCCCUACUGCAGAUUUCUCUUACAAGCCAAAAUUAGCAGCAGUUCAGGCAGUUUAGUAGCGUUUGAGGUCAUUUUAGCUCUGUUGGUGCUCAGUCCUUUUCUCGGAGGCGAUGAGCAGCUGCCCACUGCCCUUGUGGUUCACACGUCCUCCACCUGACCAGCAGGGCACUGCUUAGGGGUGACUGACCUGGCACCAGGGUAGGCAUUUCCCCGUGCCCCAGGCAGGGCCACUCAGCAUCCUCACACACAGGAGUGUGGGUGCAUGGACCAAACUGGGGGUACAGGGGCUUCUGGCCCCCGAUGCAGCAGCCCCCCGUGGUCAUGGCUGCUGCCCCUGGCUGCCAGUGGGGUCAUUCUCAUGUGAUGCCAAAAUGUCAUAGUCUGUGCAGUUUGCCUUCUACUGUAACUUUGCCAAACGAGCUCCAGGGAGGCGCUGGCCAGCAGAAAGCAGUGCCCCAGGCACGGCCUGUGCUCGUGUGCUGGGGGCACGAGUGCUUCAGGAGAAGAAUGAAGGAAUCCGGGAGCGCGGCGGUGACGCUCCCACCCACACACCAAAUGUUUGCUACUUGGCCUUUGCGAAUCCAAACUGAUCAACAAUGUGCCUUUGGGACCGUGCCCAUCUCAGCCGUGUCUGGGACACCGGUCCCUCGACAGGUUUGUGCCUAUGCAAAGCAGGGUGGUCACAGGGUCCUGGGGACACGGUGACACCGAUGGGGAGAGGUGUCCUGGUCCCCAGUGGGACACCCAGCUGUGGUGCAGAGCCCUGCUGAGCUGUGCCCCCACAGAGGGGGAGCUGGCCUGGCGGGGAUGCUCUUGCCUGCAGCAAUAGGAUGUGUGGAUUGGUUUCUCCAAGGGGGAGAAAAACAUCUGGAGACACUCGGAGGAGUGCCAGCCCCAAAGGGCAGGGCAGGAGAUGAGCUGUGGCAGCAGGGGAAGUGCUGGCUGCACAGCAGCUCGGAGCUGGCUGCUCCCUCCAGAGCCUGUCUCAGCUCCCAGGGGUUUCUCCAUGCGGGGCCUGGCUCCUGCCUCCUGUUGGGCAAAGGGGAGAUGUACCCAACAUCCCAGGGCCAGGCAGGCCCCUCCAUCACCCCCCUUCCCAGGCAUGUCCCCUCCAGCAGCACAGGACUGCUGUCACCACUUGCUAUCGUGCCUUUUGCUCACCAGCUGGUUCAGUUCCAAAGGUCUAACGAUGGUGAAAAUGAUAGUCCAGGAUCUUUUUUCUGGCCAUCUCACCCUCCAUUUUCUUCCUCAGCCCCUUUCUCACUUGGUGUUCUGGGAUCUCUGCUCUCCCAGCAGCGCUGGGGGUGUUGAGUGCACGGUUCCCAUCCCGUGAGUAAUUCCAAGCCUGGAGCCUGUGGUGGACAGGGGUUGGAAGAGCCCUGGUUGGUGCAGACCCUGGUUAGGUACCAUUAGGAUUCAAGUUCUACCAUUUUUUAUUCCUUUUUUUUUUUUUUAGUUUGCUGCUAUGGGUUGGCAUGUUCAGCCGGGUGUCAGACAGGCAAUUAAAGGUUUGUCACUUGUCAUUUUCUAAGGGGUUUCCAAUGUGGAAAGUCCUGCGGUAUUUGUAUAGUGAAUGGAUAUUUUCCCCAGGCAUAAUCUGGUUAAGCAUCCUUGUUAUUUUCCAUUGGACUGGAAGAGGUGGCCGAUUCAGCCAUCAUCCUGAGAAACUGAGUCUAUUUUUAUAUAUAUAUUUUGUACCAAAAAAACCCAGGAGCACACGGAGGGAUGGAGAUAGCUCAGGGGUUUGGUUUGUGUUGAGUUUCUGAGCUGCGUGUGAAGGGCUCCAGAGCCGGAGAAAGGUUUUACUGACAGAAAUUUGAGAUAGGUGAAAACAAACAAUUGUUCUUGUAACUUGUGCCAGUCACUGCUCUGAUUUGUACGUUUUAAUUAAAGAGAGAGCCAAAUCGGUCCUGUAUGACACUUGUAAUUGCUUUAAACCACAGCUGUUUGUUUGCUUUUAUUUUCUGAGAACAAAAGUCGGGGAUGUUAUUGCCCUGGGAAAGCCUGAGUGCUAUGGGAGCAGGACCAGCUCCCCACGCAGCCCCCGGCCCCUCCCGGCCCCUCGCUCGGUUCCUUGUGCGGUUUUCCAGCGCUGCUGGACACUAACGCUAGUGUAGCCCCCCAGCUCUAGGCUGCUUUUAAUUUAUUUGCAGGAAAACACUAGGAAACGGUGACGUCGGGUGGGGGGUUUUGUACGACUAUUCCAGACUUCUUUUUUAG